UGGAUGACUACAACAGACGGGCUACUUCUCUUUUGGGUCCCACCAGAGCAUCGCCUUGGCCUAUUCCGGCCCAGUACCCUCACGGUUAUAGGAGUUCGGCCAAUCCGACUGAACAUGCAGCGUUUUGUUCAUGGUUUGCAAUGGACACAGUGU